ACAGAGCGUGCGCCUCUCGAUGAAUGAAACUAAACGGCAAACUUCAUUCAUUCAUUCAACUCUUCGACGAAAUUUGACAGUGUUAACCAAGCGUUACGCGUUAGCUUGCUUGACCAGGUGUACGUGUGCAUGUUUGUUACUGUAGCUUGGAAUAUUUGCUUGAAAGUGUGUGCACUUGUCUGUGCGUGUGCAUACCCAACUCCAGCUGCAGCCGAGUGUGUGUGUAUGUGUGUGAAGAGCCCGUGUGAGCCAUGUCAGUGUCAGUGAUCAUAAAGUGGGGAGGUCAGGAGUACUCCAUCAGUUCUCUGUCUGAGGAGGACACUGUGAUGGACCUGAAACAGUCCAUUAAGACCUUGACUGGGGUGCUGCCCGAAAGACAGAAACUACUGGGACUCAAGGUCAAAGGUAAACCUGCAGAGGAUGAGGUGAAACUGGGCUCUCUGAAGCUGAAGCCUAACACCAAGAUCAUGAUGAUGGGUACCAGAGAGGAGAGCCUGGAAGAGGUUUUAGCCCCUCCCCCAGAGAAUGAUGACGUGGUCAAUGAUUUUGACAUCGAGGAGGAGGUCAUUGAAGUGGAGAACAGAGAGGAGAACCUGGCUAAAAUUGCCCGCAGAGUGAAAGACUACAAGGUGGAGGAGAUGAAUCCUCCAAGAGAAGGCAAAAGGCUUCUGGUACUGGAUGUGGACUACACGCUGUUUGAUCACAAGUCGUGUGCAGAGACGGGUCAGGAGCUGAUGAGACCAUACCUUCACGAGUUUCUGACAUCAGCCUACGAGGACUAUGACAUUGUCAUCUGGUCUGCUACAAGUAUGAAGUGGAUUGAUGCCAAAAUGAAAGAGCUUGGAGUGACAGACAACCCCAACUACAAGAUUACGUUCAUGUUGGACAGUGCAGCCAUGAUCACAGUGCACACCCCUAAGAGAGGGGUCGUAGAGGUGAAACCCUUGGGUGUGAUAUGGGGGAAGUAUGGAGAGUUUUACAACAGGAAGAACACCAUUAUGUUUGAUGACAUCGGACGAAACUUCCUCAUGAACCCACAGAACGGACUGAAGAUCCGCCCCUUCAUGAAGGCCCAUCUUAACAGGGAGAAGGACAGGGAGCUAUAUAAACUAGCUCAAUACCUCAAAGAAAUCGCCAAGCUUGAGGACUUCACUGGUCUCAACCACAAACACUGGGAGAGGUACCUAUCCAAGAGGCAGCACCACUGAAGAGGGACUACAUCCGCGACAAGGACUUGGGCUGGAUGCCACCAUCUCUUAAACCAGUUCUCACACACAUACACACAAACUUGGAUAUUACAAGUCCUUCAUUUCAAACCUUACUACAAAUCCUACACUAAUCCUGCAGCUGCCAACACUCAAAAGCUCAGGACUGAGAUGGGCUUCCCAACUGAUAUAUUUGCAUGCUAUCUGUCUCUCCCGGAACUUGAUGGGCUUUUUUUUCUCCAAAUGUUGUUUGCAUUUACGACAAUAACGAUGGCAGUGAUUGCGUGGUAACCGUAGAGUGUACCCAUGUGGGUUAAAAAGCUACUCAUAGGUUCAAUCAGGUGUUUAAAACACAUCUCGAAGUCCACAGUUAAAUGGUACGUGAAAAUACUUGAGAUCUUUUUCAAAUAGGAACACGUUGCUGUGGCUUUCUAGGAAGUUGAGCUGUUACGGAUGGUAUAUGCUGAAGCGACUGAGAUUCUCUAUUGAAAAGCCAAUAAGCCAAGUAAGAAUUGAAUGGGAAAUUCAACAAGAAGACUGCAUAUACCCCCAAUAUAGGCAAUAUCAAAUAUGAUUUUCACUCCAACAAGUCUGGUAAGUCCAUUUUUUAAAAAUUGUGGUGAAGAAUUAAAGUGAAACACUGGAAUGGCAGGACGUGAUGAGAGCAAUGAUCAAAAUCCAAGUCCAUGAGCAUCAGACUGAUGCCUGUAACCUACACAAUUUGAUGUGUCAUAAAGAGAGAUCAAGCAAAUAUUUCAUCAAAACAAUUGACUGCCGUGCACGUUUUGAUGGAAAACAUCUGCCGUUUGCUGUUACUUGUAUGGAGAGGUCAGUGGACACAAGCCAAGGACGUCGUACAUGCACAUAAUGUGCACAUAGAUGGUCAAAGUUUACAAUGGUUAAGUUUGUUUGAGUAUUUGCCCAGAAAUGUUUUUGUGUCCUGGCUCUGCUGCACUGCUGGACGCACACACUCAUCCAUGUAAGGGAUGGGUUCUAUUUUGUUUGUUUUUUCAUGAAAAUGUUAUUAGUGUGUUUUGUUUAGAGCUUUUACUGAACUGAACAAAGUGAGGAUGAGGGAUGAUGAUGGGACAGAAACUGACAGCACAAAACAUGCAUUUAGUGUUUGUUUUUGUUUUGUUUUUUUGUAGCUUCUGGAAUUAAUGUGUCUGCACUCAUUGUCAACACUUAUUUGAAGUCAUGGAUGAAGAAGGGGAAGUGUCUGGGGGAGGAUAAUGAAACAAGUUCCCCUUUCCCUGGGAACAUUAGGGGUGUGAUUUUUUUCAGAUGAUGUCUGGUUUACAGCUCUCUUGGACAUUCUCUUUUUCAUUUCUUGAGAUCUGCCUUUUUAUGUGUUCCCCCAUCACAUCCCAGACAUCCUGGCUGUAAAUACGACAAUAAACUUUUUUUUU